UAGUAAAAGUGACAGAAGAUAAAUAAAUUUACUUUGUAAUACCAGAACCAGAACUAUUCUUUAUUUUUGUGAAAAAUUGUAUUUACAUUAAUUUAUUCUGCAAAGUGCUUUAGUUUAUUUUAAUAGUUUUCGCGCUGUACAAGUAUUCAAACAAAUUUAGAAUUUUAUAUAAUGCUCGGCGGACUGAGAUUGCAAGUUACUUACACGCACGAAAAGACUUGUUUUGCUUAUUUAAGUUCUAAAUACAGCACCAAUAAUGAACAGGGUCAAAGUAUCCAAGUAAUCUUCAAAGACCGCCAGCUUCUCCUAUGGGUAGUUUACAACAACAGUGUGUCGGAGGGACACCUAGCCUGCAACCCAAUACACGGUCGCCUGCUUGGCUUGGAUGAAGGGAUGGAGGUGUUUGUGUCCCCGUAUGGGGAUGUUAAGAUGCUGGACGAGCUGUAUAUAGAUACCGAUAGUCCUGAUGAUCAGGAGAUAUUGGAACACAAUGCAGAACUCCUCCAGCUUCGUAUCCUCGAUCAGCUCCGGCUGGUGGUAUCAGGCCAGAAAUGCGUCGUCUGGAUCUCCGUCUCUCUGCCCAUUAUCUUCACUCCCAAACAGACCGGGUUGCUGGUCAACCAGUCAAGAAUUAUCGUCAAAGUGGACGCUUUCAACACUCUUGCCAAAAAUUCGACACCCGUGCAAAAUACGCCAAACAUAGCUAAAGAAAAAGAAAAAGAAAACCGCUUCAACAACAUAGGAAUCAUCAACCAAGGAAUGCUCCGGCCUUACUUAAAUCCACCAAAGCGGUUAUACCUUCGAGCUCUACCCAUAGACAGCGAUGGCAAAAGAAACUUAAUACAUCCAUACACAGUUUUUAUGCACGAAGACUUAUUAGAAGCUAAGUAUAAGGAUAGUACUAUAAUUCUAGCGACAAUGAGAAAUAUUCCUUCAAUAAUUCAAGACACAGACGAUGAAGCUGGUCAUAGAGAAAUCAACGACUUAUGCGUUGAAAUUGUUCCCGUAAAUAAUAUUGUCUUUAGAAGUCUAUGUCAUGAAGUAUAUAACAGAUUUAUACCGACAGUGCUUAUACCAAAGUCUUUAAAUUCCAUUAUUAAUAUUGAAAAUGGGAUGCGAAUGGCUUUUAAAAUAAUAGGAGAUAAUAUAGAACAGCCAGAUCAUGUAGAUAUAGUGACUUAUUCCGAACAAUCACAGAAAGAAGAUGAAGUAAUUGAGAAGUUCAAGAAAUGCGUCAUAGAUAGUACACAUUCUGGCAAAAAGUUUCUUAUUAAUCAUGAUAUGCUAAAGCAAAAUCUUCAAAUCAGUCAUGGAUUUCUACAAUUUAAAUUGAAACCAGAGAAAAUAAAAUAUACGUUGCUGAAUUCUGAAUCUUUCCGGCAAAGUACUGUCUCAGCAAAAUGUCUUAGUGAUACGGAUUUUGAGUUUCCUAAAAUUUCUUCGUCGAGUUUGGAGUAUGAUUCUAAGAAUUACUGUAGAGGGCUGAAAUCUAUGGAGGAGUUGGUACAGAAGGUUGUGUCGCAUCUGUUCUUUGAGAUACAUAGGGAGGCGACUUUCAAAGAUGUGUCGGAGAUAAAGAGCAAUGUGCUUGUUACUGGUCUCAACGGCACAGGCAAAUCGGCCCUCUGCCACAUAGUCCAAAAAGACCUCACCGUCUGGUCGCACAUACUCCAUUGUCGUUCAUUACGAGGCCGAAAAGAUAUCCCCGAGGCCUUAGGCCGCGCUAUACUUAUGUGCCAAGAGAGAAGCCCUUCAGUAUUGAUCUGUGAUGAUAUUGAUAGCUUGGUACCUCCGAAUCUAGAGGGUUCUUCGCCGCAAGACAUUGCUUAUUAUCAGAGAUUGGCGGUAGUAAUAAAGCACUUGCUACAAAGUUGCUCGGGCGUGGUCGUGCUGCUGACGGCCGCGGCCGUCGCCGAGCUGCACGCCACGCUGCGGCAGCUCGGGGGCAAGCCGCUGUUCACUGCGCACUUUAGCUUGCCAGAGUUACAACAGGAGGAGAGAGUAGAACUCUUCAAGCAUCUUAUCAACAAUAAGUUACGGGAGCAAUUCUUAGUGGAAGAAGAUGAUUUCAUAAGAUUGGGCGCCGCCACCGCCGGGUUUAGUAUACGGGAAAUUACUGACCAUUUGAGUAAGAAGAUAUUCCAAGCUGUUAAGAAAAAAAAAUCUCAUCCAUCCGAACCCAUGCCCCGGUUAGUAGAAAGCGCGAUUGCCUCAGAGGAGAAAAACAACGCGUUUGACAUCUGGGACUCUGUAGGGGGAAUGGAGGGAGUUAAGCAGGAGCUCACUGAAUGCAUCUUCUGGCCUCUUAUGUACCCGGCCCUAUUUCCGUCCCAGUCGUGUGGGAUCCUCCUGUACGGGGCGCCAGGCACGGGCAAGUCCCACAUCGGGUCCAGCCUGGCGAGGCUUCACAACAUGAGCCUCAUCGUGGUGAAGGGGCCCGAGCUGCUCUCCAAAUACAUCGGCCAGAGCGAGAAGGCGGUCCGCGACGUGUUCGAUAAGGCGGACAUGAAACGGCCGUGCAUAUUGUUCUUUGACGAGUUCGACAGUCUAGCGCCCAAGCGAGGACACGACUCCACAGGAGUGACCGACCGCGUGGUGAACCAGCUGCUGGCGCGGCUCGACGGCGCCGAGGGCGGCGCGCGCGGGCCGGUCCUCGCCGCCUCCAGCCGCCCCGACUUGAUCGACCCCGCGUUACUAAGACCGGGAAGGUUACAGCGGCACAUAUACUGCGCUCCGCCCGACCGGAAUGACCGCUUCGAAGUGCUAAAAACGCUGAGCAAAAACGUAGUCAUCGAAGAAGACCUGGACUUGCAACAGUUGGCGGAGGUCACCGAGGGUUACUCACCGGCGGACCUCAAGAGUUUACUGGUCACAGCUCAACUUGGCAGUCUAGAGAAACAGCUGUUAAGUGGAGUAGAGAAAGAUUUGCAAUCAGUGGUAGUGAGGAAGACGGACAUACAGAGCGCGCUAUUGGAGACCAAACCUUCGCUUUCCAACGAGCAAAGAGUCUUCUACGAUAUGAUAUACAAGAGGUUUAGGGGCGAGAAGUUGUCAGCAGACCAGAAGCUGAUGUCGCGGCAGCUGGAGAAGCAGCGAGUCACAUUAGCUUAGUCAAAGAUACAUAAUUUUUUGUUAAAAUAAAUAAAACCAGCUUUAUAUAUUAAAUAAUCAGACGUCGAAAAGGGUAUGCCAUUUUACGUAAUCAUCAGACAUUACUGUAUUCAGUUUAAAUUUCACUAGCAAAUUUUACAGUUUUCAUUAUGCAUUAUUAUAUGUUGGUAUAUUUUGGUUUCUGUCUAAUAUAUUUAUUUUUGUUUAUGUAUGUCUAUUUUAUUUUCUUAUUCGUAUACGUGUAUGUUUAUUGACCUAAAUUGUGUAUAUGAAAGUAGGCUUCAUAACGUUUUUUUUGCAACACCUACUCUUUUUGAUUAAUUGUUUUUGUAUCCGCUAAACAAAGGUUGUCUGGAAGAGACCGCUCAUUAGCGAUAAGACCGCCUGUUGUCUGCCUCUAUCACUAAUCAAUUGCUUUUCUUUAAGCUGUAUCUUUUACUGAGGUGUGCCAAUAAAGAGUAUUCGAACUCUGUUGCAUAAUAUGAGUUAAAUCUAGAAAAUAUUGUGCCACCGAGUUUAACAGCAGAUGGCGCUAUGUACUCGUGUGAGAUGUUUAUGAGCCCUUCUACUUUUCGUUGUACAUGAGUUUUCGACACUUUUUCGUAAAAUGCAUAUUUUAUAAUACUUGAUUACUUGGCAAUUAAUUUCAUUUUUAGGGUUCCGUAGCCAAAUGGCAUAAAACGGAACCCUUAUAGAUUCGUCAUGUCCGUCUGUCUGUCCGUUUAUGUCACAGCCACUUUUUUCCGAAACUAUAAGAAUUAUACCUACUAUUCAAACUUGGUAAGUAGAUGUAUUCUAUGAACCGCAUUAAGAUUUUCACACAAAAAUAUAUAAAAAAACAAUAAAUUUUGGUGGUUCCCCAUACUUAGAACUGAAACUCAAUUUUUUUUUUCAUCAAAUCCAUACGUGUGGGUUAAUGGAUAGGUCUUCAAAAAUGAUAUUGAUAUAUAAAACUAAAAAAAUAUAUGAUAUACAUUAUCAUGCAAACUUCCACCGAAAAUUGGUUUGAAUGAGAUCUAGUAAGUAGUUUUUUAUUAAUACGUCAUAAUCAUAAAUGGUACGGAACCCUUCAUGGGCGAGUCCGACUCGCACUUGGCCGCUUUUUUUUAUUUGUUUUGUGAUGGAGAAAGAGGCUUAAUUAGAUUAACUAUCCCGAUAGCUUUGUUCAAUAAGAAAUUACUGUAAAUAUUCUUAAUUACCGUAAUUCAGUGUUCUUUGAUUAUCUCCUGGUUAUGUACGAAAAUAAUAAGUAAUUUACCACUGCGUUACCAUCUUUUUACAUUGAUUCAUAUUAAUAUAUGAAUAUCAAUCAAUCAUCAUCUCCUUCCUUGCCGUAUCCGGCAAUGGCGACUCCAUCAACAAUUCUUAUCCGGAUUAUGAAAUGCCUUUAUGUGGCUCGCAAAACCAAACUUUGUUUUGAAGAUGCGGUCACACGAUGCGCAAUGGAGUUGUCCAAUCGAGUUGCGGGUGUAUGUGUGGGAGGGCUUAGGUCGCGUGCGGAUAUGACGCUUAGCAUCUAGGUCAAUCAAUCAAUACGUUUAUUUGUAAACACAGGUACAUAAUAGGUCUUAUAAUUAUAGUAGCUUAUCACCAUGUUUAGCCAUUAGGCAUACAAAUAUUUAAGUUUUUAUAUUUUUUUAUUUUAAUUUGUUUACUGUUUUAUUUUAUUCCGAUUCGUAGUUAUUAUUAUUAUUGUUGUUAUUGUGUGGUGACGAUCUUUUUGUGAAUGCAUUUUAUUUUGACAUGUAAAAUAUAAUGUACAUUUCCAAUAAGAAAUAAAUGAAUCUAAUCUAAAGUCAAGAUGGAGCAUGCAAUUAUUAUUGCUUACAUGUAUAAUCUAUUACAAUUUAUAAAUAUAAAACAAACUAACAACAAUUUCGGUCAACAAAUUCGUAGGAUUUGGUUCAGGUUCAAUUUGGGAAUACAAUUCUUAUACAUGAAUUCAAUAUCUAUCAUACUUUUUUCUGGGAAUGGUUAUGACAAAGUAAAAUGGCCCUUGAAACACAUUGUCAAACGUCAAAUUAUCAACGCAAACGACAUACUUCUUGCACGAGCUCUGAGAAAGAAUGAUUGAUGAUUGAUUGAUGACCAAAGAGUUGAGUUUCUUGUAACUCAUUUUUUAGCGAAAGUUUUAUGUUGUGCUUAGCUUUGAAUAGCUAUUUUAUCUAUGGUGCAAAGUCUAGUCUAUAAGUGAAAUUAUUUAAGCGCAAAGUUAUAGGUGAUUUGUAUAUAUUGCAGUUAUUUUUUUAUUUGAAUUAUUUAUUGUUGAAUAAAUGAUUAACAUUGGGAAUUUAAA